CUGUACCGCGGCCGAAGACCGCGCGGCCGGGCUUGGACGGAGCCGUCAGGACUCGGCAACGCGCAGAUCGCGACCUCCUCUUCUCUACUCUUCGCCGUCGGACUCGAGCCACUCGGUCUCGAGCCGGCGACCAGACACGACUUCAAUGGAGGCGCUCAUCUGACCGGCAUUGAAAGACAUUUUGCCCACGUCCCGAAGGUCUUGCGACUCGACGACGUCCUCCCAUUCGACCCCCGGCACUAG